GGGUCUUGUGUCCUCUCGCGUGUCCUCUCCAAUCAAGUCCGACUGUAAGUCCGUAGCCAUUUUGGCUCAAGAAUUUGGAGCAGUCCAGGCCGCGCGGCGGAUUUUUUCGCCCCCCGCCGCCGCAUGUUACGGAGCUGGCCCAGGAGCCCGUCACGGGCAGGGCUGCUGUUGUGGAUGGCGCUGCCGCUUGCGGCGUCACGCCACGCCGUAGCGGAAGAAGUGGACAAGAACACGCACGAAUGCAUCGGCGGCAACGUUGGGAUUUGCAGAUGUUUACUCAGCCAUCCGCGUUUCAAGAGAGACCCUGACGAGUGCAACAAGUCCAAGGAGCCCGACAGCCUCGCCUCUUCGGCGCUGGUGACCGCCAUGGAGGAACCGAACAGCCAGUGCGCCACCAUGGGCCUGCUCGUGGAGUGCUCACGGAACCUCGAUUGCUACGACCAGGAGGUCAUGGAAAGGUGCCUCGAGGUGGAUAGUUACAACGAUGGGUGCGACCUCGAGUGCAAGGAGUCCACGACCACCGAGACCAUGACCACCGUGACGUCAACCAGCAUGACGACGACGGUCACCGAAGUCAUUAUGGUCGAUUAUAGCUCCACGGUCCUGAAAUUCGCGAUGCUCUUCGCGGCUUGCGUGCUCCCCCUCAUGCCCAUGGUGGUUUGCGGCUGCUUCCCAAAGGCCGCCGCUGGUUGCGUGGAGACGCUGAGGUACCGGCGGUCCUCCUCCCAGAAGUUCCAGCCGCUCGCGGGGAACCGUGCCGCGCCGGCACCGACGUCGGCGCACCCGUAAUUAGGCCGCGGCGGGAGGAAACAAAAAAAUCAAGUCCGACUGGAAGUCGGGCCUGUCCCUCUACAGGAGGG